AUGGGUUCCGUUUCGCAGGAUGAACGCAAAGUCGCCAUCAUCACCGGUGGCUCGAGCGGAAUCGGUUCCUGGCUAGCAGCCCGGUUGCAGGCGAGAGGCUACCGUGUCGCGAUCUGCGGUCGACGUGAAAGCGAAGGCAAAGAAGUCGCUUUAUCAAUUGAUGCGACAGGAGAUUCGGUCAUCUUUGUCCAAUGCGACGUCAGCUCCUACGCCUCGCAAACCAACCUCUUCCAAACCACCUGGAACAAAUGGGGCCGCCUGGACGUUCUGAUUGCGAACGCGGGCUUUCCUGAUCGUGGCUCCGUGUUCAACCUCAACCGCCGCGAUGCGCCCAUCGGCGACUUGCCUCCCGAACCAGAUACCAGCUGUACAGACGUCGUGGUGAAAGGACGAAUGUAUGGCACGACGUUGGCAACACACUACAUGCGCCACAACCCAGGGGGCAAAGGUGGCAAGAUCAUCAUCACAGGAAGCAUGCUGGGCAUAUAUCCAUGCCACAGCUUUCCAGAGUAUUGCUCUGCCGAAGCAGCGACAGCAAUGUGGACGAAGACAACCGGACCUGUUCUGCUGGCCAAAGACAACAUCUCCAUCAACUGUUUGAUGCUCGGUCCAAUCGAAACUCCAGUCAUGCCUGGCUUUAGCAAAGCCUUUCACCCCGAACACAUGAUGCUCCAAUCGACCCUCUUCGACGGUUACGAUCUGUUCCUGGAUGACGAGAAGAACCAGAGGACAGGGCAAGUUGUCGAGAUAGCACACGACAGAUUGACAGAAUGGGGACAUCCGGGCUACAAGAACGGAGCUUUCUCGAAGCGUAGCGAGGCUGUCUUCGAGCCAUGGUUUGCCAUGGUGCACGGAGAGAAGAGCGGGUUACCAGGUACAAUCCACGACUGGCCGAACCGCGGCAACAAAAUCAUCGCUGUGACAGGCGCGACAGGAAGCCAGGGUGGCGGAGUAGUCAACAUCAUGAAGAAAACGCCAGGCUGGUCAGUCAGGGCGAUCACCCGAAAUCCGGACAGCGAUGCAGCAAAAAAACUCGCCGCGGAGGGUAUUGAGGUUGUAAAAGCCGAUUUCGAAGACGAGGCAUCGUUGCGAGCCGCCUUCGAUGGCGCAAAUGCCGUCUUCGCGGUCACGAAUUGGUGGGAAGCGCUCUUCCGGGGCAAAAGCCAGCAUGAAUGUGGCGAGAUCGAAGAGCAAUAUGGCAUGAACCUCGCUCGGGCUGCCGCGGCCACGCGUUCCGUUGAACACUACAUUUGGUCGACUUGCCCAAGCGCGAAGCGUCGGUUCUGGGACAAGAUGGAAGCGCCGCACAUGGACUACAAGGCUAAUGUGGAUGCUCGCAUCAAAGCCGAGUUGCCGCAACUUGCUGCCAUCACGACUUACCUGUACUUCGGAUACUAUCCGCAGAACAUGGCGUUCUUCCCACUCUGCAAGCCCUUUGAAUACCCCGGCACCGGCAAAUACAUCCAAGCGAUGCCCACGAAGCCCGACGCCAAAGUCCUUGUAGCCGGCGAUAUGACAGUCAACCCCGGCAUCUGGGUGCGCCAAGUCCUUGUCACUGGCGGCAAAGCCUAUGGUAGAUACGCGAAUGUUGCGCUCGAGAAGAUGACAUACCAGGAGAUGGUCGAUGUAUGGUCGGAAGUCACUGGCAAGAGCUGUGUCUUUGCUGAGCUCAGUAUGGAGACGGCGGCCAAGUUUUACGGCAAUGUGGGCAAUGAACUGGCGCUCCAGUUCAAGUAUGGUGAGGCUUGCGAUCCUUGGGAGGUCACCGAGGAGCAUGUGAGCCCAGAGGAGCUAGGCAUAGAUGCUGGGGAGGUCGUUGGGUUCAGGGGCACGAUCGAAGGCCUCCACGCAGCGGGGUUCUGGGCUUGA